AUGGCCGAGGCGGAAUGUGAUGAGUGGCAAUCGCGAACGGCUGACAAUCGGGACCUUACUUGUGAAAUAAACGGAUAUAUAGUCGUAGCGGUCAUUGGUUCUGCAAGAAGCAACAGCAGCAGGACGCCUGAGGGGAACGG